AGUGAUGCCAGGCAGCAGAGCUGGAAAAGCGCCGCCUAUAAAGCCCUGGGUUGAAUGCAGUUAUAAGUAAGGAAAGGACUGUGGAAAUAGGCCAUAGCCAAACGAGUACGGGUGCCAGGCAUGUUUAGAUGCAGGUCAACACCAUACUGACAAACCCAUGCCACGUUUUGACUAUUUAUGUCCUCGCUUUGAGUGGGCGGACAUCUUGAUGCUGGGCUGAUCCCACCCACUGCUCAGGGAGGCAGGACCCUUGCUGUUUCCCGCGCUCUGGAAAGCCCGGGAUCUCCGUUUUGUUUGCUGCCUCCCAAGGGGCAUUGCUUCCUGUUGCACGCCCGUCUCCUUUUGGCCCGUCCGGUAAUCUAGUUAGUUCCUGGCUGCUCUUUGCAGUCGCCUUUCCCCCCCUGGCGAGUCCGGACGCAAGAGACUGGGAAGGUUUUUUUGCAGGACGCCACCGCAGCCCUGUGUGCACGGAGGCCCUUCGGAGUCGCCACGAGGGCGAGAGGGAGGUGAGGCACCGAAAAUGGCCACUCGGAAACGAAGGCGGUUGAUGGCGGGAAACCCAAGCACCGGCUUACAAAUGGCCAGUUCGACUCCUCAGGGCCACCAUGACGCCGGCCCGCCCAACAGUGAAGGCGCCCGAGAGGCUCCCGUCGCCACCCCUUCGACCCUUCAAGUCGUGCCAGCCAACCCUGUGGGACUCCUCGCGAUCCACGCGUCUGCUGGGACGGCUGUGUGGGAGGAUGGCGCGCAGACCCUCCCUGCUUUCCUCCGUCAGGCGACGGGCUGGCAGGAUAUUUGCAUGACGGAGCUGACCGCUUUUGUCAGGAGGCUCGUGAGAGAAGAGCUGCGGAAGGCCGACCUGUCUGCGCCUCUGUCUGGAGGGUCCGCAGACGCUGUCCAGAGAUUUUCUCCCUCCAGAUUUUCUCCCUCCAGAGAAAGCCCCAAACAUGGGGAUGGACAAACCACAUCCCACCGAAACCCUGUCACGCAGCGACCACCCGAGGCCACUAGAAGAGCCCCUGCCCGCUCUGCCAUUGCCAGGGCUCGAGGCGUGGAAAGGCCCUCCUCGCAAGCUGAGGAUGAAGGGGGACGGGGAGGAUUUUCCACCGAUGAGGAACCCCUGGUGGAAAAGCGACCCCAAUCCACACGCCUGUUCAACUCCAAGGACUUCCAGUACUUACUAUCCAGAGCCGUGUUUGCCCUAGAGCUAAAUGAGCCUCCUAAUCCAAGGGUGGGCAGGUCAAGGGGGGAAGGUAAGCUUUUUCCCAGGACCACCUCCUCGGUCAGGUCGGUGCCUUUCCCCGAAUACUUCUAUAGGCUGCUGAUGAAAGAGUGGGCCGAACCUGGCUCUAAAAAGCAGUUUCCAAAGAUCACCGAGAAGCUUUAUUCCUUGACCCCUCAUGUUAUGGAGUUGUUGCGGGUUCCCUUGGUGGACGCUGCCGUUAUUGCGUUGCACUCCACAAACCUAAUUGUACAGGAUGAAUUAGGAUCCCUGAAGGACGGCCUAGACGAUAGAGCAGACGUCGCCCUACGGAAGUCCCACAAGGCCAUGGCCAUGACUAUCAGAGCAGCCUCCACCGCCGCCAUAAUAUCCAGAGCCGCCCUCCUGUGGGCCCGCCAGCUGGAUCAGCUCCUUGCUGACAGCAGCCCAAGGGUAAAAAAAGAAGUCCGCCUCAUCCUCAAAGCGGUCAGUUUCCUGUCAGAUGCCUCGCUUGACUCCAUGGUUUUCACAGCCCGCUCCAUGGCCAAUGCUUCUGUAGCUAGGCGCGCCCUGUGGCUCCGAGCCUGGGAAAUGGAUCUUCACUCCAAAUCUACAGUAAUAGCAUACCCAUUCCAGGGUGGCAGAUUAUUUGGGGACUCCCUUGACGAGAUCCUGGUGGAGACGAGAGAGAGAAAAAAGGCCAUGCCCACAUUUUCGCAAACCUUUCGCUCUCAUCACGUCUUGCCACGGGCCAGGCAAGAUCGAAGGCAAUCCCACUGGUCCUCUCAACGUAACUCCCACUUGGAUAGAGCUUCCCAGUUCCAGUCUUACAGGUCAGACAGACCUGGCUGGCUGGCCACACAGGGGAGGCCAUGAUGCCAGAGACCUUCCAGGAGGAGGCAAACUGCAAGAGUUCCAAAAUCACAGCCUUCGAUCUCAACCAAACCUCUUGAGUUCAACAAGCCAUGUAACAAGGCUGUAUCAUAGAGUUCUGCAGACUGCCCCCAGACUGCUUCCUCCUGUCCCCUACAUCUCUUUGGACCAUAAAAUACAUAAAGAUAUCUAGCCAUAAGCCACCACUGAAAACACAGCCAAUAGAGCCAGUUCCCUCUUCCAAGCAUCAAUGCAAAGUUUACUGUAUAUUAUUCAUGGUAUCCAAGAAUAAUGGGGACCGGACGCCCCUCUUCAAGUAUGUCAACAGUUCCACAAGCACAUCUGCAUAGAAAUACUACAAUUCAUUACCAAAGCCCUGCUACCCAAGGCCUUAUGAACUUGAAUCAAUCUCAUGGAAGCCUACCUACAUGUUCCCAUUUUUCCAGGGCAUCACAGGUUUCGCUGUUUUGCCUACAACAGCAAACAUUUCCCAUUCAGGGCCUUCCCCAUCAGUUUGGAGUCAGCUCCUCAGGUCUUCUCAAGGGUACUCAUGACUGAAAUGUGGGCUUGAGGUCCAUUUUGCAAGCCCUGGUUACAAGAGAAUCCUGUCAGGGCUAAUAACCAGGUUGGCCUCAAUAACAAUUUAAUGUUAUAACCGUGGUUAAAGCAGCCCAUGCAAAAGUGGAGUAUUUGCUUAUUAGAAAGGGAUGUAAGGCCUUCUGUAUACAGAAAGGAAUGCAUACAUUGUCACAGAGGCACAGAAAAUGGUGUGACUGAACAAUUAUCUGUGAUGUCUAAGUACCAUUUGUUAUCAGCCCUGCACUGAGAAGUCAAUCUAGUUCCUGAAGAUGACUGGUUUUAAAGUAGUAUUUUUUACGUUUGGUUUCCUGUUCAGUGUUCCUAAUUGUGCUUUGCACCUUCUUGGUUCUUUAGAAAUCUGCAUGCCACUGUCCUUUCUGAAACGGGCUCCCCGAAAGCUCUUGUGUGUGCAGCCCUGGAUUGAUUUGAGGUCACAGUCCUUCAUGGAUCUAAAAGUUUUAGUUUCGUCACUGAACGACUUUGCUUCGCUCUCUCUGGCCGAAAGCUGGGACAACGUGGGCCUCCUGGUAGAGCCCAGCCCUCCCCACGUUGUGAAUACUCUCUUUCUAACCAAUGACCUAACAGAGGAAGUGAUGACGGAAGCUCUGCAGAAGAGAGCGGAUCUCAUCCUUUCCUAUCAUCCCCCUAUUUUCAAACCACUCAAGCGUAUAACGUGGCAAACGUGGAAAGAGCGCCUGGUGAUUCAAGCUCUGGAAAACCGAGUGGGUAUUUACUCUCCCCACACAGCCUACGAUGCAGCAUCUCACGGAGUCAAUACAUGGCUGGCCAAAGGAUUGGGUGCCUGCUCUACUGCCCCUUUGCACUCGUCUGCUUCUUCUAAUUACCCUACUAGGGGGUGUUACCGGGUUGAAUUUAGUUCUUGCUCUACUGAAAACCUAGAAACAGUCUUGUCCAGGCUGCGUGACAUGCCAGGUGUAUCACUCAUUGCAACACACCCUGCCAGGGUUGAUGGUGAAGAGCAUAUGCGAGUCAGCUUGAAUUGUACCCAGCAUGCCUUGUUGCAAGUGGGGGCCUUGCUUUCCCAGAACACUCCUCUUUAUGAAAACACUGAAAUCAUAUCAUUACAAAAGCCUCUGCUUCACGAUACCGGAAUGGGGCGUUUAUGCACCUUAAAGGAGCCGGUGGCUGUGCAAGUCUUGAUUGAAAGAGUGAAGAGCCAUUUAAGACUGCCUCAUGUCCGCCUGGCCCUUGGAGCAGGGAAAUCGCUGGAAUCGGUAGUGAAGGCGGUUGCUGUCUGUGCUGGUUCAGGAUCGAGUGUUCUGCAGGGGACAGAAGCCGAUCUCUAUCUGACAGGAGAGAUGUCCCACCAUGACGUACUGGAUGCUGUUGCAAAAGGCAUUACUGUGAUUUUGUGUGAGCACAGUAACAGUGAACGAGGCUUUCUGUUGGAGCUGCAGCAACUACUGGCUACUCACCUAGAGAACAAGAUUCAGGUCAUUGUUUCAGAGAAGGACAGAGAUCCACUCCAAGUGGCAUAGGAGUUCACACUGUGAAGGUCAGAACAUCAGCAAAUUCUUCCAGGGCUUAACACACAAACAGCUAUGAUGGACAGUCUGGCAGAGAAGAAUGGAAGAACCAGUUCAUGUGUUCAAAUCAUCUCACCCCUGUCCUUUUGAUCACACGCACACUGUGAGUUCCAUGGUUGGAACUUUUUCCCAGAUGCGAAUGGACCUGAUUUAGAUCAGAACUGUAGGGAAUUGGAGACUUGUUCCCCAUUCUGGCCUCCUGACACGAAAUGACUCUGGGAGCAAAUAUUUUACUCCACUAAAGAAACUUAACAUAACCCAUCCAUACAUCCCUUCAGUGGAGCAAACAGCACGGUACUGGGUGGCGGCGGGAUGUAUUGGAAUUUGGAUCUGAAUUAGACCUACACGUUCCUAAGAAUUAAGGGUCCUGAGAUGCUUUGUAAACUGUUGGCAACACAGACUCUGUUUGUGAAUAAAUGACUUGCUGAUAAA